AUGACCUGGUUCCAGCCCUUCGUCUUGAGCCUAGUUGAGGGACGGAUCGAUAAAGACGCUCUAGCUCCGUCAGCUCGGUUGGCGCUCGGCUGGCGCUCAACUGGCGCUCAACUGGCGCUCGACUGGCGCUCAACUGGGCUCGACUGGGCUCGACUGGGCUCGACUGGGCUCGACUGGGCUCGACUGGGCUCAACUGGCACUCGGCUGGCCUGA